AUGGCGCCGGGAAGCGCCCAGGGGACGCCGGCGGUCGGCAGGAGCGGGCCCGGGAUGGCAGCUGAGGGCCCGGCGGGGGCCGCGCAGAGUGUCUGCAUGGUGUCGGACUUCUUCUACCCCAACAUGGGGGGCGUGGAGAGCCACGUGUACCAGCUGUCGCAGUGCCUCAUCGAGCGCGGCCACAAGGUCCUGGUGGUCACCCACGCCUACGGCCAGCGGAAGGGCAUCCGCUACCUCACCAACGGGCUGAAAGUCUACUACUUGCCCCUGAAGGUCAUGUACAACCAGUCCACGGCCACGACGCUCUUCCACAGCCUGCCCCUGCUCAGGUACAUAUUUGUGCGGGAGAGGGUCACCAUCGUCCACGCCCACAGCUCCUUCUCCGCCAUGGCCCAUGACGCCCUGUUCCAUGCCAAGACCAUGGGGCUGCGGACGGUGUUCACGGACCACUCCCUCUUUGGGUUUGCGGAUGUCAGCUCGGUGCUUACCAACAAACUGCUGACGGUGUCCCUGUGCGAUACGAAUCACAUCAUCUGUGUCUCCUACACCAGUAAGGAGAACACGGUGCUGCGAGCAGCUUUGGACCCUCGGAUAGUUUCUGUCAUCCCCAAUGCUGUCGAUCCCACCGACUUCACUCCAGACCCAUCGAGGAGGGAUGACAAUACAAUAACCAUUGUUGUUGUCAGCAGGCUUGUUUACAGAAAAGGUAUAGAUUUGCUUAGUGGCAUAAUUCCUGAGCUCUGCCAGAAAUACCCAGAAUUACAUUUCUUAGUUGGAGGAGAAGGACCAAAGCGCAUCGUACUGGAAGAAGUCCGGGAAAGAUACCAGCUACAUGACAGGGUACGUCUCCUAGGAGCCUUGGAACACCAGGAUGUUAGGAAUGUUCUUGUUCAGGGGCACAUUUUUCUCAACACUUCUCUCACUGAGGCCUUUUGUAUGGCAAUUGUAGAAGCAGCAAGCUGUGGUUUACAGGUGGUCAGUACAAGAGUUGGUGGGAUUCCUGAAGUGCUUCCAGAGAAUCUCAUUAUUUUAUGUGAACCCUCUGUGAAAUCUUUGUGUGAUGGAUUAGAAAAAGCUAUUGCCCAGCUGAGAUCAGGAACACUUCCGUCUCCAGAAACUGUUCAUAAUACAGUAAAGACAUUUUAUACGUGGAGGAAUGUAGCAGAGAGAACUGAGAAAGUGUAUGACAGGGUUGCAGAUGAAGUGGUUUUAUCAAUGGAUGAACGACUUACCAGACUCAUGUCUCACUGUGGCCCAGUGACUGGGUGUAUUUUUUCUCUUUUUGCUGUUCUGAACUUCCUUUUCUUGGCAUUUCUGAGGUGGAUGACUCCAGAUUCCAUUAUUGACGUUGCAAUAGAUGCCACAGGACCUGAAGGUGCAUGGACUAAACAGUAUUUUCUGGGGAAAAAAAGGAAGAGUUAAAGAAGAACUUCCAAGCUCCUAAAAUGCUCAAAUGGAGACAGAAAGAUGCAUCAGUGUUCUAAAGGUUUUAAUGCUUCUUGAUAGAGACAUUAUUCUGAAUAUUCUUUCUGGAGCUCUUGGAAAGAGACUUGGUUAAAUGUGCUACCUCAAUUAAGGAUUAUGUUUUAACUUAGUUUUGGAUUCAUGCAAUUUUUGGACCUCUUUUUUGCACUUAGAGCCGAGAGAAGAAUAUGGAUUUUUAUAUGUGUAAAAAGCCUUUGAGACAAAAAGAUUUUUCUCAAGAACCUGAAUAUUAUAGAAAGUGACUAUAAACUUUAGCAGUAUUUGGGGAAACUAAACACAAAAACUAUUAGCUUGCAGUAGUCCCUGCUGAUUCCUAAUAUUUACUGUGAUUUUGAUUUUGAGACCUACUUAAAAAUACUGAGUUAGAAACCCAACAAAACACACUUUUUUCUCCUAAGAUGAAAAUGGCACUUGAAAUUAGGCAUGAAGUCCAUUACCACAGCAAUUUCAGAGCCUUAUUAGCUGUGUUGUUCUAGUGACAGUGUUUUGCCUCCAUAACAUUGUUAGUUUGUUCUACCCUCGUCAAAAUAGGAUCAUCCUGUUGCUAAAUCUAAACUUCAUAAUUAAUUUUUGAUAUUUUCAGAGGUGCUAAAUUUCUCCUGUUCACUUACAUGUGUGAAAGCCAUGUCAAGCUUACGGUGUAUUUUUAAAGUAUAUAGGGGAAUAAAUUACAUUAUUUAGAGAUAAUGCAGCCUUCAGAAACAGCUCAGGCCUGACGACUCCUCCAGCAGACUAUGCCAAAGUGUGAAGUAACACGUGUGUGCACAUGGGAGAGAGACAGUAACCUAUGAAGGGCUUAACAAGCAUCAUUGUGCUCACUUGCUCUCUCUCCCCUCCCCCUUGUUUUUCUUCUUUUUUUGUAUUCUUUUCCAUUCCCCUUUCUUAUGACCAAAAUGGCCUUUGAGUCCAUCUCUGGGAGACACAGUGUUUAAUGUGCGUGAUUUCACCUAGACCACAUCAGAGACGCUGUCAGGCAGGUUCUGCAUGUGAAAUCUUGGGAAGAUGUCACUUAAAUGGAAAUAAUCAAUAGCUAUUCUUUUUGUGGAGAGAGAGAAAAGGAAAAAAAAAAAAAAGUGACUCUGCAUCUGUUAGCAUGCCUAAGUAAUCUAUACCUGGGACAACAGGCAGCACGACUUAAGAAUGAAUGUAUGAAGGUAGUCAUCUUCUUUAUGCCAGCCACCUCUAAAACUGCCCUCUGCCUAAUGCAUUUGGCUAAUUUAUUUUUCAAGCAUCACUGAAGUCUAAAAAUCUUAUUUUGUGACUGAGUAUUAUGUAGUGUUGGACACUACUAAUAUUAAACCUGUGCAAUAUGGAAGUACUGUUUUCAAACCCUUGAAAGGCAGUAUUUAAAGAAGACUUCUGUCAAUAUCAUCUUGUUUGUGUAGAGCUGUAGUUAUUCUAACACCUGACAUUUUAUAAUUUCAUUGAACAUAUUUUCAUGAAAUACAGAAGUGAAAUAAAUGCCACAUACAAAGUCUAUUUUCUUUUACUAGAAUUUUUAGUCUUUACUAUAUAACAUGCAAUAUGCAUUGUAUUACAAUAUGAGUUUAUCAAAUUCUGCAUUAGAAGUAGAGAUCAGCUAAAAUGGUGCCACACAGAUUAUGGAUAAAAGGGUGGAAUUAACAGUAACAUGUUACUUUUCAGAUUUACUUGAAAAGAACAAAAAAACUUUCAGGUUUCUAACAACCUUUUAAAAAAUACUGAUUAUCAUUCCAGGGAAAUCAUAUGUGUGUGUGUAUAUAUAUAUAUAUACACACAUCUUUUGUUGAUUCUGGUUUAUUUCUUUUUGGUUUCUUGCAACAUCUACAACCACAGAGCUAAUUUUCAAUGGGAUUGUGAAUCUAUUAAAAUAUUUCUCUCCUUUUUGGAAUAUUGUGUACUUACGAAUAACAUAAUGAAACAUUGUUACAGUUUUGUUUGUAAGACAAAUUUACAAGUUUAUUUACCUUUCUGUGAAGAGUGGAUAUUUUCCGUUAAUAUGUGGGAACAAACAGUUAGAAAGUACAGACACAUAGUCCAUAUUGAUGCUUCCCAUCACUGAUGGUUGGACUUCUUACGAAAAAAAAUAAAUUAAAAAACAUUUAAUUAAUAUAUUUAUUAAAUUGUGUCCGUAACUGGUUUAACUACAAAUAUACUGUUUCUCAAAGAAUGCAACUUGUAUUGCUUAUAACCCUUUGUGGGGCUGAUCAACUUACUGGCCUUGUGCAGUGGAGUAAGGGAUAAUGUCACUCAACCAGUCACCAUUUAAACAGCAUCAGUGGAUGAGUUGGAAAAGUUCAAAUAAAAUAAUAGCAAUAAUAAUAAAAAAACAGAGAUAAUGAGUGUUUUUUAUGAAUAGGUAUUUAGAAACUAAUAAAAUAACUACUUAAAAAAUCUAAAAUACUUCAGUUGUGCUUGUAGGUAACAUUUGAUCAUUGUGAAAUGCUAAGGAAAUGUUACCAAAGAGAGUGAUACUGAGUAAUGCCUUGCAUAGAGCAGAGCCUCCUUUGUGGAGGAGGAGGGAAAACACAAAACCUUCCAUAAAGAAGCUCACCCUCUUUCCUGAAAGUGACCAUUCUUCUGACAUUCCACCCCACAUAACAUAAGGAGAAAUUGUGUUUCCAAUACAUUAUAUGCAGACACUGUGAUUUAAGGUAUAUAGACAGUGUGUUGAUAAUUGAAAAUUGUGUGUUAAAUGGAAACAAGUAUCAGGUAAAGGAUGAAUAUGAGUCAUCUUUCAGAUUGUGUAUAAGGGGAUGUGGACAGAUCUGUAAGAAGGUAAACACACUUUAAUGUACUUACUUUUGUGGUAAAGGUUUUCUGCAUCUUUUAAAAUAAACUUAUUUUUUCCCCUUUUGA